AUGGACCACCACAACACAGGCUCCAGCAAACACUCACACGGUGGCUCGCCGCUAGCGCUCUGCAUCGCCACUAACGGCGACUUUCUACGCACUCUGGCCUAUUGCCUCAGCACUGGAUGCGCAGAUAUUUCGGCCGCGAAGCUUGAAGCCUACUGGGUUGGCCAAGCUACUGGGGAUAAGACUGUGUCUGCUGAAUGGACGUGUGGCGCUGCACUUGCGAAUGUGACGGAGCCUCGGAAGAGGACUUAUAUUGCGGGCGACACGCUGAACUAUACAUCGCUUAUAACGGAUGCUGAUUAUCAGUAUCAGUAUUACUUCAAUGUGUUCUUUGACUGGGAAUAA